UACAUGAUACUUAAAAUUAUUACAUAUAUUGGUUUGGUACACCCAUUGUAUAAAACACCUACGAAUAAUUAGUCCGAUCCGUAUAUGAUUUCGAAAAAGAGAGGGAAAAUUGAUAACCACGCCAUGUGAAAUAAUGCAUGAAGAAAGCAAACAAGUGGCAACCCUUAUAAAACCAAAUCCCCUCCCAUUAGUUGACUUCCCUUUCUCCUCCACUUUAAAUUUCGAUCCUCAACCCUUCUUUCUCUCCAUUCUCCACCACUCCAAGAGAGGGCAAAUAAAAAUAUGAGAGAGAAAAUCAAAUAAGAAAAAAAAAAAAAAAAGGAGAGAGGAGAGAAAAUAGAAGAAACUAAAUUCACAACAAACACAAAAGAAAAAUCAAAAACACCAUGCAAAAAGUAUGAAACUAUACAACCAAAUAACCCAAAUUUUCCUCCGUUUCUUUACUUUCUCUCUCUUCCUUUCCCUCCCUCUUCUCCUCCUAUUCUCUCUCAAAACCACCAACACCGCCACAAUUACAACCGCAGCAAACCCAGGAAUUCGUAUCCGACCCGGAUACACCACCUACGACACUUACAUAAAAAAACAACUCAACAAAACCCUUAACCCGAAACUCCGCCAUCUUUGGACCACCCGUGAUUGGGACCGUAAGAUCCGAGUUUUCUCGAGUUUCUUCUCUCAUUUAAAGGACUCGUCACUACUAUCAAACUCAUCCAAGGCCCUUUGUAUUGGCGCUCGAGUUGGACAAGAAGUCGAGGCUUUGCGCCGUGUUGGAGUAUCGGACUCGAUUGGUAUUGACCUUGUGCCGUGUCCGCCUUUGGUUAUUCACGGAGAUUUUCAUAAGCAACCAUUUGAGGAUGAAACUUUCGAUUUCGAGUUUUCGAAUGUGUUUGAUCACGCGCUUUACCCGGAGAAAUUUGUCCGGGAGAUCGAGCGGACGUUGAAGCCUGCCGGGGUUUGUGUUCUGCAUGUGGCGAUUACGACGCGGUCCGAUAAGUAUUCGGCUAAUGAUUUGCUUGGGGUGGAUGCUUUGGUGAAGUUGUUUAAAAGGUCGGAUUUGGUUCGGGUCAAAAAGGUUGAUGGGUUCGGGUUGGAUACCGAGGUUAUUUUCAGAAAAAAAAAAAAUUGAUUGAUUGAGAUACGCCAAGUUUUUAACCUAGAUCGUUUGGUUAGUUAGUUACUGGAGAGACUUCUGAUCCAUGUCGUUACUCGUUUAGUUAUUUUUUGGCAUGAAGAGAUGCCCAUGACAAGGUAAAAGUCAUUAUUCAGUAAAAAUACGGAUGUGAGAUUAAAUUCCGUCCACAUUAUUUAUUUCUAUUUAUGCCAUUUGAUUUGGUUUGUUUAUUCUUCUUUGUUGGUUGGCUAAAACUAGGGUAAAGAGAGAAAUCCAAUUCCAAAAGGAGAAAUUUUCAUGGAGUAUUAAAUUAUUAUUUUUUA